CCAUCCUCCCUCCCAUCCUCAUCCACCCAGUCAGUCACUCGUUGAGCAGCGCUCCAUACAUUCGUUAUAAACAAACCAAAAUGAAAUCCUUCAUCACCCUCUCCCUCCUCGCCACAGCCCUAGGCGCCCCCACCUCCACCCUCCAGGCCCGUCAAUUCGACCUCUCCUCCUUGACCUCCGGCCUCUCCGCCCUGACCUCCGGCUCGGCAGCCAGCUCUUCCUCCGGCUCGACUGGAAGUACCGGCACUGGAUCAGAAACGACCACCGGAUCCAGCGGCCUCAGCGCUCUGGCCUCGCUGUUCCCGUCGUCAUCCACUUCCAGCACUACGGGCAGUACCAGCGGUACUAGCGACAGCAGCAGCAGUGAUGGCCUGAGCAGCCUGCUGAGCAUAAAAGGCUCAUCCACUGAGAACGGCGUGACCCAACACAGCGGCAGCUGCAAGAAACUCACCUUCAUUUUCGCCCGCGGCACGACCGAGAUCGGGAACAUGGGAACCGUCGUCGGUCCGGAGGUCGCGAGCGAGUUGGCCUCCCUGACUGGGAAUCAGGUCACUGUGCAGGGUGUGAAUUAUCCUGCUGAUUGGGAGGGUAACGUCUCCCUCGGCUCCUCGGGCGGUCCUACCAUGGCCUCGUACGUGAAGGAAGCGCUGCAGCAGUGCCCCAACACCAAGGUCGUGCUGGGAGGUUACUCGCAGGGUUCGAUGGUGGUGCAUUAUGCCGCGAACCAGCUCAGCGCGGACCAGUUGUCUGGUGCGGUGUUGUUCGGUGAUCCGUUAAAGAUGGAGGGCGUGGGUAAGUUGUCGAGCAGUAAGGUCAAGGAGUUCUGUGCUAGUGGGGAUCCUGUUUGCGAGAAUGGUGUCAAUGUCAUGGCGCAUUUGACUUAUGGCAGUGAUGCGAAGGAGGCAGCGCAGUUUUUGGUCCAGGCUGCGGGGGUUUCUUCUUCUUAG